AUGGAGGUGGACUCGGGUGCAGUUUGUUCAGUCAUCAACGACCGGACUAUGCGGAAGCUGCUAAUAUCGAAAAGGGCGUUGCGCCCAAGUAGCCUUCACCUCCGAGCUUACAAUAACAAGGAACUACGAGUAUUGGGUGAACUGACCGCGACGGUGGAAUUUAGGGGGCAGGAACAUCGCCUGCGAUUGGUGGUGGUUAAGCGUGCUAGUAUCGGACUUAUCGGUCGGGACUGGUUCAAGUCCUUGGGAAUAAGUCUGAGUGGCGUUCACAGUGUGUACGAGCCGAGUAGAACUGGCAGUAAAGGAACAACGGCCUUGCUCAAGAAGUAUUCUUCAGUCUUUGAGCCUGGACUUGGGACAAGUAAAGGGCCUCCUGUACGCAUAGAGGUGAACCCGGCAGCUCCGCCGCGAUUUCUGAAGCCAUGGCAAGUACCGUUUGCAUUGAGACCGAAGGUCGACGAAGCACUGGACAGGUUGGUGAGCCAAGGCAUUUUCCAGACUGUACGGCACUCGAAGUGGGCAACACCUGUCGUUCCAGUUGUCAAAAAAGAUGGAUCGAUAAGGAUCUGCGGGGACUACAAGAGCACAGUCAACCGUGUGGCGCAGUGGGAAACGUAUCCGCUGCCAACACCAGAGCAGCUGUUUGCCAGGCUGGCAGGUUGCUCGAAGUUUUCAAGGCUAGACCUCGGACAAGCGUAUCAACAGAAGACUGUUGAUGAAGAAACAGCUGACUUGUUGACGGUGACAACACAUCGGGGACUGUUCCGCGUAACCCGUCUUCAAUUUGGCGUGGCAGUGGCAGUGGCUAUUUUUCAGAGGUACAUGGAAGAACUGUUGCAUGGAAUUGAUGGUGGGCUGGUGUUCUUGGAUGACAUCUUGAUCGGUGGAAGGGAUGAGGCACAGCACCAUGCUCGUUUGCAAGAGGUGCUCAAAAGAAUCCACGAAGACGGUGUGCAGCCGACAGAAGACAAGGUUCGUGCUAUUCACGAGGCCCCGGAGCCAACAUGCAAAAAGGAGCUUCAAGCCUUUUUGGGAGCUCUGAACUUUUACAACAAGUUUCUUAAAGUAGCAGCACAUGCCUUGGAGCCACUGUACCGGCUGUUGGACAAGGGUCGCGAGUGGCGUUGGACGGGAGCCGAGGCAGACGCAUUUCGCCAGGCGAAAGAUCUGCUGCAAUCAUCGCAUGUUCUUGUUUACUAUGAUGUCAACAGGCCCCUAGUGCUUGCCUGUGACGCUUUCCCGUGUGGACUGGGUGCUGUGUUGAGUCAUGUGGGGGAAGAUGGCAGCGAGAGACCGGUUGCAUAUGCAUCAAGGAUUAUGAGCGCGGCAGAACGGAAUUAUGCCCAAAUAGACCGAGAAGCGCUCGCCAUUGGCUUUGGCAUUAAGAAAUACCAUCAGUUUCUGUAUGGGAGGCAUUUCAAAAUUGUGACGGACCACAAACUCCUUUUAGGACUGUUGCACCAUGCCAAGCCCAUUCCCCAGGUGCUAUCACCACGGAUGCUGCGUUGGACCCUCAUGUUAUCAGCAUAUGACUAUGAAAUUGAGUAUCGACCAGCAGAGAAGCUUUCCAAUGCUGACGCAUUCAGUCGUUUACCACUGAGGGCCAGUAAGGCGGAGGAAGAGGAGCAGCGUCUUUGGGAAGUAGGAAUGCUAGAAAUGGCACCAGAAGUAACAUGGAACUCUAGGAAGAUGGCAAGUUUUACGUCAAGGGACAAGCUGUUGGCUAGAGUCUGCAAUUGGGUGCAGCAUGGGUGGCCAGAGGGCAAGCUACCGGAAGAGUUUGCAGCAUUUGUGAUCCGCAAGCAUGAACUGUCGGUGUACCAAGGUUGCUUGCUGUGGGGCAGUCGUGUGGUCAUUCCAGAGCCAGCUCGACCAUAUGUCAUGGACAUUCUUCACACAGCUCAUCCAGGAAUUGUCAAGAUGAAAGGGCUCGCCAGAGGAGCCGUGUGGUGGCCAGGAAUUGACAGAGAUGUUGAGCAGAAAGUGAGGGACUGUGCACGUUGUCAAGAAUCCAGGUCUGCGCCAGCAGCUGCAAAAAUUCACCCUUGGGUAUUCACCAAGCGUCCUUGGACAAGACUACAUAUCGAUUUUGCUGGGCCAUUCCAAGGCAACGUCUUCCUCAUUGUGGUGGACUCUCACUCAAAGUGGUUGGAAGUGUGCCGAAUGACUUCCAUGUCGGCAGCUGCAGUUUGUGCGAAGCUUCGUUUUCUUUUUGCUACCCAUGGCAUUCGAGAGACUGUUGUUUCGGAUAACGGAACUGCAUUUUUUUCGGAGGAGUUCAGAGACUUCAUGUGCCGAAAUCAAAUCCGGCAUGUGACCGUUGCCCCAUAUCACCCUUCUUCAUAUGGUCAAGCAGAGCGGAUGGUGCGCGAAACCAAGGAAGUACUCAAGCGCAUGGUUGGAGGCAAUAUCGACACACGUCUGGCUAGGUUUUUAAUGACCCAGCAUAUCCUGCCUCAUGCUACAACAGGCAAAAGCCCAGCCGAAUCGUUAAUGGGCAGAAAACUUUCAACUGUGUUAGAGCGUCUGCAUCCUGACCUGCAGUCCAGUGUGCUGCAGAAACAAGAGCAGGUGAUGCAGCGCCGUAACCAGGCAGUGCGACUGUUUGAAGUGGGGGAUCGAGUGUUUGUGCGCAACUAUCUCUAUGGGCCCAAGUGGCAUUGUGGAUUCUGUCACUGGACCAGUGUCGUACUUGGUCGUCACCAAGGAUGGACGUCGGUGGAGACGGCAUGUUGA